GUGUGAGGGGAGGGAGGGGAGCAGAGAGCAGCAGUGUAGGAAAAGAGGAGGAAGCAGCAAGGAUGGCGGAGUCACACCUCUGAAGCUUAGACACUAUGCUCCAGUUAUCUGGUGCCUAAUGUAGAAUCAGGGGUCGUUCCUCUCGGAUAUCAGCUCCUGUCUUCGGGUGUCUGCUGCCCAGCUGCUGGAGCUGAAGGUUUCCCCUCGGAGGAAGGAUCGGUCCGACAGCCGCUCCGCUCGGGCCUACACACACAGCUAGCUCUGUUUGAGAUGAAGCUAAUCCAAGGAUAAGAUCUGAAAAUCCCUCCGUGACCUUUGCAGCCUGAAAGAACUUGUAUCCGAAGGUCCUGGGACUGUAUGCAGUUCAAACACUGAAGCAUGUGGCCCAUGGGUGCCACAAUCCAGCGACUUCAAAGGGUUUUUUCUCCAAUGGCAUUUUAACAAAGGAACUAAGUAUUAAAAGUAUCCCAAAAACCUUUGGAUCACAAGGUCUUUGUUUCCAGGACAAUCAUAAAUGUGUGGGCCUGCACAGGGAUGUUUACUGUAAGAGCCUGCUUGGCUGUCUGCGUCCCCUUUUCUGAGAAUAAGUAACCCGACAAGAGAGACUCCCAUGAGCAACUCUGCAGGAGGCCCGAUAACGUCGACAUGAGUAGUACUUUAGGAAAAGAAAAAGAGUCGAAAGAAAAGGACCCUAAAGGCGGUCCUGUGGGGAAAGAAAGGGAAAAAGAGGCCAAGGCUUUAGCCAGCUUAGGGAAAGAUGGGGGCAAAGAAACGAAGACCAAAGGGAAAGAUGCCAAAGAUGGAAAGAAGGACACCAGCAGCUCGACACCCGGUGUUGCCUUCUCCGUUGACAACACAAUAAAGCGGCCAAACCCGGCACCAGGUACACGCAAGAAGUCCAGCAAUGCCGAGGUGAUCAAAGAGCUUAACAAGUGCCGGGAGGAGAACUCGAUGAGACUGGACCUAUCGAAACGGUCCAUUCACAUGCUGCCCACCUCCAUAAAAGAGCUGACGCAGCUGGCUGAACUCUACUUAUACAGCAACAAGCUGCAGAGCCUGCCGGCUGAGGUGGGGUGCCUAUCGGGCCUGAGCACUUUGGCCCUGAGUGAGAACUCCCUGACCAGUUUGCCGGACUCCCUGGACUCCCUUAAGAAGCUUCGAAUGCUCGACCUCCGGCACAACAAGCUAAGGGAGAUACCAGCCGUGGUGUACCGGCUAACAUCUCUGGCCACGCUGUACCUGCGCUUCAACCGCAUCACAACCGUGGAGAAGGACAUCCAGAACCUAUCGAAGCUCACCAUGCUCAGCAUCCGGGAGAACAAGAUCAAACAGCUGCCUGCAGAGAUAGGGGAGCUGUGCAGCCUCAUCACUCUGGAUGUUGCCCAUAACCAGUUGGAACAUCUACCGAAGGAGAUCGGGAAUUGCACACAGAUCACCAACCUCGACCUGCAGCACAAUGAGCUCUUGGACCUCCCAGAAACUAUAGGCAACCUGGCGAGCAUAAACCGCUUAGGCCUGAGAUACAACAGAUUGUCGGCCAUCCCAAGAUCAUUAGCCAAAUGUCGAGAACUGGAGGAGCUAAAUCUAGAAAACAACAACAUUUCAGUGUUGCCAGAGGGCCUACUGUCAAGUCUGGUCAACCUGACCAGUCUAACACUGGCCAGGAACUGCUUCCAGUCGUACCCCGUUGGUGGACCAUCCCAGUUCUCCACGAUCUACUCCCUUAACAUGGAGCACAACCGCAUCAACAAGAUCCCCUUUGGUAUCUUCUCCAGGGCCAAAGUGUUAAGCAAACUUAACAUGAAGGACAACCAGCUAACGUCUCUGCCGCUGGACUUCGGCACAUGGACCAGCAUGGUCGAGCUGAACCUGGCCACCAAUCAGCUGACGAAGAUCCAAGAAGACGUCUGUGGUUUGGUCUCUCUGGAGGUUCUAAUACUGUCCAAUAACCUUCUAAAGAAGUUACCACAUGGUAUUGGGAAUUUGAGAAAACUGCGGGAACUGGACUUGGAGGAGAACAAGUUGGAGUCUCUACCCAACGAAAUAGCUUACCUUAAAGAUUUACAAAAAUUGGUAUUGACAAAUAAUCAGCUGACUACGUUACCCAGAGGCAUCGGCCACCUCACCAACCUCACUCAUCUUGGUUUGGGGGAGAACCUGCUACAACACCUUCCAGAGGAGAUUGGUACACUGGAGAACUUGGAGGAGCUGUACCUCAACGACAACCCCAACCUGCACAGCCUCCCCUUUGAGCUGGCCCUCUGCAGCAAGCUGUCCAUCAUGAGCAUUGAGAACUGUCCCCUCAGCCACCUGCCGCCGCAGAUCGUCGCAGGAGGCCCCUCCUUCAUCAUCCAGUUUCUCAAGAUGCAGGGACCGUACCGUGCCAUGGUUUGAGCCCAGAGCAGCUCAAUCCCAGUCCUACUUAACUCCAAAACCCUCCACUUUGCUCUGCACUCUGUCGCCUGCCCGCACCCCAGUAUGUGUAUCAUACACUGUAAAGAAAACAGACCGCCACAAUCAGUGUCGGGGGCAAACACAAAGAGGAAGAGGAAGAGGAGGAAGAGGAUGAGGAGGAGGAGGAGGAGAAGAGGAAGAGGAGGAGGAGAAGAGGAGGAGGAGGAGGAGGAGGAGGAGGAGAAGAAUACGUUUCUUUCACCAUCUUUGGGCAGACACGAGGGGAAUCGUUGGAGACUGGACUUCUGUAUUUCUCCAGAGAUUAUCACAGUCAUUCGGAGACCCCCGUCGAGCCCCGCUCAUCUUUCAUUCCGAAUCAUACAAGAGGAAAAUAUUUCCAUCUCUUGCCAAAACUGAAGAUAUAUAAAGUUCUAUAUAUUGAGUAACAGUGAGCUAAAGUGGCGAGUCUUUUAAACAUAUAAGCCGUGCUCCCAUUGCCAAUGUAUUUACAGUAAUUAAAGCAACUAUUAUGUGAGCAAAGAUACAAUUGUAUGCAAAAACAAACAAAAAGAGUCUUUGGAACUUCACAUUUACUGCUGCUGCCGUCAUUUUAACUUUGUCAUCUUGUUAUUAUGAUUUGUUUUGAUAUGCCCUUUUCUUUUUUCUACAUCACCAUCACUCGAGAUAACUUGUGUUAACUGCUUCUUGACCACAGAGAACAAAAAGGUCUAAUGAUGACGUGUUUAUAAUUUCCUUUUUUUAAACUGUGCCUAUGUUUAGAGUGAGCCAGUGGUUCACGACUAAACACUAUUGUCCAUGAGAAUACAAAGAUAUAAAUUAUUUCAAUGAUUCUUUUUGUAUUACUGCUGUUUCUACUUUUUUUUUUUUUAGUGUUUCUCUUUUUUUUUUUUGCUGUUGCAUUAAUCUGUAAGCGAUAUCAGUUGUAAAAUACGGUGAUUGGAGGUCUUUUUAACAAAUAGCAGCAGUGGUUGUGGAACAUAAAGAUGGUGAUGUUGUGCACAGAUGAGAAAUGCCAAUCACACCCGCUUGAAGAGAAAAGGCGGGUUGGACUUUUGGGCGGAUGGUUCGGUGGUGUGGUGACGCUCAUCCCUCUUUCUUUGUGUGAUAAAGGUAUUAAAAAAGUCAAACAGACGUGGGUGAUGGGCUAAACGGUAGAAGAUGUUUUUAUAUAUGUAUACAAAUCCUGGUUGUUGCCUUCAGUGCACAUUUUAGUUCUGUUUACUUCUUUGAUAUUAUCUUCAGUGUUGGGCUGCGUAGCUGUCAUUCGAUUGAUUAUUGACCAACAUAUCAAAACAUCUGAAACGUUGUGUGUGUGUGUCUCUGGAGGAAGUGGUAAGUGUGUGAGAGCUCAGACGAACGGUUUGAUCACCGCUAUCAUCUCCUUUCUUUAACACUUUCUGUGGUUGAUUUCAGAAUUCGACUCCUUCAAAGUAAAUUUCCCACCAUUAGGAUUUUUAAUUUAAGUUCUUUGUUUUGUCCCACACUGUCCCAGCAAUGCUGCUGCUCUAAUGCACUUUUUAAAAACACAUUGGCAUCCUCUAGAGAAAGAAAACAAACUACAGCCUCUCUUCGGUUCCUUUGAUCGGGGGCAUUGGGUCUCGUGGAGAAGUAUUUGAUCUGUUUGACGGUGUAUCAUGUAAACUUUAAUCCACUUAAUGUCAGGAGUUCAGACGCUCUGCAGUCUGAGAAAGAAACGCUCUCUUGAAUUGUAAAAGAUUUCUGUGUGGCCAUGUUUAGAGUCCCUUAUCCUGUUUUUUAAAACCGAUUACUUAAUUUUCUUUUUUUUUAAAUGAUGGAAUGUGUAUUUAGUUAGUAUUAUUUCAAGUGACUGUACAUUAAAAUCCCAACAAAAGGUAAUCAACCAAACUUUUAAAUUCUUUAAAAUGUGUUGCAUCCCAGCUCUUUACUCAAUCAUGAUUCUGUUUUUGUACGAGAACACGUGGGUCUACUUUUUCGCAGCAGCUUUGCGUGAUUCAGUGGGUUGUGGUUCGGUCCCCUGAGCGAUGAGAGCGCCGCAGCUCGCCUCUUGGUGGAGCCCAGGUGGAGGUGAACGAUGUAACGCUGCUGCUUAUUUACCAGCAGAACCUGUUGCUGCUUUUCCGUGGACUGAAACAUUUGCUGUACGAGACGAGACGGGGCGGGGGGAGCAGGGAGGAGCUGGACGCAGGACGCGAUCCACUCCCGACACCGAUACAGACGUCACUGAGAACCUGACACGGGACAAAUCCACUGAGCUUUUCUGUUUGGUGUUAGGCUCACUGGUUUUCUCACAGAUCAAAUCGUUUGGACACAACGAUGAGACGACACAACAAGGUGCAUAUUUGAGCUUAAAACGCAAUUACAGUAUAAGACUGUCAGAAAAAGACAAAAAACAAAUUGUAAAAAGGGCUUUCUGUGUUCACGCUCAACAACACACCGGAGGCAUUGCAUUCCUGGGUUUUCUAUAAAAGCUUUGGAAGUUUCUUUCUUUGUGUAUUUACUUUUAGCUGUAAACAAUUGUGUGACAAAUGCCUUCAACGAGUACUCAAAGUGAGAUGUGCAUUAGGUGUGCAGCGAGAGUGCUGUGACCCAUUUUUACAUUCAGUCUCUGUUUUUACUUUUGUCAUGUGCCAUUCUGUGAGGGUGAGCGCCCGUGUGUGCAGACGCAGAGGACGAUGGGAGAGUCUGAAGCAGGCUGCUCGACCGCUCGGAGAGCGUUUUUCACAUCCAGGAAUGUAGUUUCAAAGCGCUGUGAGGGAGACGGGGAGCACUGUUCAGCUCGGGGCGUGUCUGUGUUGAUCAAAAUGAUGUUUUGGAUACUGGUGCGUCCGGAAUAAUGGGAGUACACUUGGUGUUUAUUUUUAUAUUUUCUGUGAAUGAAGGCCACGGUGAGCGUUGCAGAAUCAAACUCAUUUUGCUCCUUUGCUUUUCUUCUCCCCGGAUCAUCCCUCUGUUUCCUCGCCUGGUGGUUUUGUACAGGAGCAUGUUGAAGUCACACUUGACAUGAUGCGUCCGGGUCAGAAUCAGGCGUUUCUACAUAAAGGACUUUGAUUUAGUGGCUAUUUGGUGUAUCUGCAAAUGCUCCCUUUUUGUAUAUUGCAAAGGGUCUGGAAGCGUUGUGUGGCAAUGCUUCUCCUACUCAAUCUACAUUGACAAGCAGCCUUAAUGGUCUUUCUAUGUGUUUGUUUGGCUAUUCCUUGUGUCUAUGGCCACUGACUGUACUUGAUGACAAGCACCUGGUGGUUCUGAUGUAAAUUUGGGUCUGGUUUCUUUUUGUCUUCUUUUCCUCUGUACAGUAAUCUGGCUUUAUGUUAGACUCAGUAUUACAAGAUCUGUAAUGUGAUGAGAGUUUUACAUAAAAAGAUGGAGUGCAAUGAAAGGUGAUGCCAUUAUGCUACCAAGUGGAUGUGCAUUAGCUUGCAUCUCACUUGUCUUCGGCAUUAAAGGGGAAUUCCGCCCAAACUUGACUUGCAUUUUUAUUCUGCAACAAUGCUUUUCCAUUCAGAUUCGUCCUGCUUUUCUCUCUCAAAUUAAGACGUUCACUUUCAAAGAGACUGUUGAAACCUAAAAAUGCACACAUCAUGAAUCUGAAAUCCUCCUCUCUUAAAAAAGACACUUCCUCUCAUCAGAGCGCAGGUUGGAUCACGUUCCUCAUCUAAAAAGCACAUAACUACAUAAACAUCCGCUUUUUGUAAUCAAACCAAGUCAAUACUGGUGGAAUGGCCCUUUAAUGUGAAGCCUCCACCCGUCGCCCCUCUCUCUCCAUCUCUCAACAUUUUCUGGACAGCCUUACGAGCACCGACAGAAUCAUUACGGCCACUUGAUUUGACGGAUAAUCACUCUUCUUCUCUCCUUUGUUUAACGCCGAUAAAGGGAUCUGGGUCCACGGACUGAGCAUGUGCAGACAUGACUACCUCUAAGUGAGUCUUCAUUGCAAACCACAGUGACCAACAUCCAGUCUGAGGUGUUUCUACCUGUGUACGAACAGAGACGCGUGGUGGAGCAGGAGCUCGGGUUUGGACCAGCAGUUCAGUUCUUUUUCUUUCACUAAGCAUCCUUCUGUCAUUUGAUUUCUGUUCCACGCCUUUCUGAAGUAUUACUUUGACGAGAAAGAGGAAGAAUACUCUGACGUGUGUGCUUGUUAUAAAUGAAAACUUAAUCAAUGCCGCCCCAUUGUAAGACAGCUCUCCUGAAACCAACUAGCUGCAGAGUGACACUUUGCAAACAAGUGAAGAUGACCAUGUUUGGUGAUGUUCUGUAUGUACAUACAUCUUUUUAACUGUAAUAAACGAUAAAUAUUUACAAAUUUA